AUGAUACCGGCGGUGAAGAUGAGCGAAUAUUGGCUAAUAAGUGCCCCUGGCGACAAGACCUGCCAGCAGACUUGGGACACCCUCAACAAUGCCACCAAGUCUGGCAACCUCAGCAUUAACUACAAAUUUCCAAUCCCUGAUUUAAAGGUGGGGACAUUGGAUCAAUUGGUGGGGCUGUCAGACGAUCUCGGAAAGCUGGAUACUUUCGUGGAAGGAGUCACAAGGAAGGUGGCUCAGUACCUUGGGGAGGUACUUGAAGAUCAGCGUGAUAAGCUCCAAGAAAACUUGAUGGCAAACAAUAAGCCGUUGACGAAACCCGCGCGCGACGUGCGGUUGCCGCUAAGUAAAUACGUGCUCGGCCGGAUUGUUAAUGUCGCUAGGGCGGUCGGGGGGCCGUCGCUAACGCGCAAACAACGUGUGCAAUCGUGGAAUCCAGGCGUCGAGUCGUACUGCGACCCGGGCGGGGGGGAACCGCCGCCGACGCCGGCCGCCACGCCGACGCCUACCUCGCCCGUCUGCGAUUCCGCCUUCUCGGAGCAGCAGGGCUGCUGGCCGUGCGAGCAGCGCGAGCGCUCCGAGGGCGAGGCCUCCAGCGGCCGCAGCUCGCCGCGCUGGGAUGAGGAGGACGAGGAGAGGGCGCACCACGUCCUCACCCAAGGUCCAAGGGGCAACCGCCCGGCCCCGCCACGAUCGGGGCUGCCCCGCGCU